GCACACGAGUAACCUGAUUCCCAGGGCAACCGUUGCCACCGCAAAACACCCAAGUGAGUGCAUUUGUUUGUACUAUUUCUAUUUGAAUCCAAGUCUUUUCAUAGUCAUUAAAGUAAAUAUUUGAAAAGGAAGUAGUUUGCAUGUAAUUAAUUCAACUUGACUGUUUUGACAGUGUCAGUAGUAAGAAGAGAGCUUGGUUGUAAAAGUUAAGACAGAGCCUUUAGAAGUUUUUCGAUGCACAAGGACCGGACUCCACUGCUGGGGAAACACAAGGCACAGCCCUGUCUACGGAAUGAAACUUCCUGCUGUUUGCUUGAAUUCCACAGCUCUGUCUAUUCCUCGAUCCACACCUGUCCGCCAAAGUCGCUACCUUAUGGUCACUCCCCUGACAUUGCCCAUCAUCAUCUCACCUGCCUCGGCAGCACUGUCAGUCAGCCAGUCUGUCCCCAGACUGGACCCCCUCCAUCCUCCUCUGGCCAAUAGACGGACUGUCAGCCUGGAGACCCCUGCUGUGCAUCACCACAACCACCAGAGGGCACUGGUUAUGCAGAGAAAGGAGCACUAUAGGUAUCACCAAGUGUGGCGGAAGCCAUUCUACGGAUCCUGCACUGAAAGAGAGGAGUACAGAUCGGAGGUACGUCAGCAGCUGAAGAGGCAGAUGGAGGAGAAGAGGGCGGGGCUGAUGCUGAAGUUGACCAGUAAGGCAGAGGAGGCUGAGUUUUUACAGGAAGUGGAUCGCUUGGCUCUGUCCAGUGAGAAACAGCAGAGGAUCCAGCACAGCAGAGCGAUGAGCCACUACAGAGAUGAGAACAAGAAGCUGAUGGAGCAGAGCUCCAGGGCACUGAUUCGCUCUCAGGAGGCCCUGAUGGAGAGAGAACUGCUACGCCACAACCCCAUUAAUUGGAGCGGCACACUGAAAUAGAAGCACACACCUGUUCACACAUUUUCUCUUUUUCCAUAGCUAGCUUUAUAGGGGACUUCACUAUUUUUAGGGUUAUUUAAUUAGGCAAGUCAGUUACGAACAAAUUCUUAUUUACAAUGACGGCCUACCCCAGCCAAACCUGGCUGGAAUCGAACCAGGGUCUGUAGUGACACUUCUAGAUGCAGUGUCUUAGAUAGCUCCUGAGUGGCGCAGCGGUCUGUUUCCUUAAAAUGGCUUUCAUCUAUCGCCUACAUGCAACAGCAGUGUUUUAUAGUAAGGUCUUCAGCAAUGAGCAGCAGUAGUUCAAAUUAAAUUGCUUUUAGUUCAUUUCAACAUGUCAAAUAAAAAUGGUGAAAGGAUAUUGUAAAGAAAAUAGCACUCUGGGGGGGAAAAAAUGUUUUUAAAUAAUGGUCAUAAUGCAAGAAAGUGCAGCUGGGAAUCUUAGGCCUAACAUACACACAUGCUGGUUCUGGAACCUAAGGACAUGAUUAAAAAUAAAAGGUAUAUUUUGAAUAAAUGUUUUAUUCUAAGCGCACUAGCUUUAGUAGAUACUCAGGAUGAGGGUGGAACAACGUGUUGGGAUUGAGUGGAUGCACAUGUUGACAGUUCUGACUUGUGCUUUGUACAGUCGUGGCAAAAAGUUGAGAAUGAGAAAUUAAUUUCCAAACUUUGCUGGUUCACAGUGUCUAGAUAUUUUUGUCAGAUGUUACUAGGGAAUACUGAAGUACAAUUACAAGCAUUUCAGAGGUGUCAAAGGCUUUUAUUAACAAUUACAUGAAGUUGAUGCAGAGUCAAUAUUUA